AUGUCAUAUUUCCAACCACAAAAAGGAUCAAAAUUAUCUUAUGAUGAGGAUGAUUUUCCUAUUCUUCGAUAUGAUUUGAAUGAUUCAACUACUCAAACGGCCAUAAAUCCUAAAACUUAUGAAAAUAAUACUUUUAUUGACUGGUAUACUGAAACCAUGGCCAUACCGAAGGACUCAAAGUUUGUGUCGAAGAAAUGGUUGAGUAUCAUCUUAACGGCGGUGGUAUCGGGGUAUUUGGUCACAGUAGUGGAUUUAACUUCUGUGUGGCUUAAUGACUUACGUAAAGGUAUUUGUCUCAGUAAGUUGGAUAAAUGGUCAUUGCUUAAUCCUUAUCUGUCAUGUCCAGUGGAAGAUUGGUCCAAUUGGUCAGAUAUCUUAUUCAAUUCGUCAAGUACAAUUAGUUCCAUAUUGGUGAACUUCCCAUUAUAUAUCUUAUUGGGUUCGGUGAUGGUGGUGAUAACAGUGUACAUAGCAGAAAAGAAUUUAUACAUUCUGCAGUCAGGUAUACCUGAAAUUAAGGAGAUUAUUCAAGGGUUUAAUUAUGAUCUCACUUCAUAUUUGGGGUUUAAAACCUUAUGUUUCAAGAUCUUGGGGUUGGUAUUGAUGGUUAGUAGUGGAUUUUGGUUGGGGAAAGAAGGUCCUUUAGUUCAUGUUUCAUGUUGUAUACUUAAUGUGUUGUAUACGGUGAUUUUCGGCGAAUCCAAUAAUGAAGCCGUAAGAAGAGAAUUAUUAUCAGCAGCAACAGCCACAGGGAUCUCUUUAGCAUUCAAUUCACCUGUAGGAGGUGUUCUUUUUGUGUUAGAGUGUAUUCCUAGUUACUUUAUACCGACUAAAAUUAUGUGGAAUUCUUUCAUCAGUUCUGCUGUGGGAUUGCUUAUUUUGGUUGGAUUCCGUUUAUUCACUGAAGGAGAAGACUUCAAUGAAGGAGACUUGUUCUCAGUUGAGUUUGGUAAUGUCAGUUGGUUUCUUAUGGAGGUCAUUCCAUUCACUGGUUUGGGUGUCAUGGGAGCUUUCUAUGGUCAUUAUUUCACCAAAUUGUAUACCAAAUUCCAAUCUAAGAAUUUCAGGAAGAAUCUUCAGUACAAGGUUUGUGAACUUUUGGGUUUGAGUCCUGAUAAGGGAAAUUACGUAGAGAUCAUGGGAAUAUUCCUUCUUACGUCGAUUUUGAACUACCCUUUGACAAUGACAAGAUUACCAUUAUCAGCAUUUUUGAAGAUUUUGUUCAAGGCUUGUCCAGCAGACCCACAGGAUGAUGAUACCAACUCCACCAAUUUCAUGUGCUCUGCUUCAGAUUGGAUAACGCUACUCAAAUUAGGCUAUAUAGCCAUUCAAGCAUUUUUAUUGACAGCUUACACUUUUGGAACCAUUUUACCUGGGGGUGUGCUUAUGCCAUCAUUGGUUAUUGGAGCUGUGUGCGGGAGAUUUGUGGGAAUCCUUUCGAGUUGGAUUCAGAACCAUAUCUUUUCAGCUAUAGAUUUAUGUACUGCCAAUUCUUGUUUGGUUUCACCUUCAUCGUAUGCCGUUAUAGGUGCUGGAGCUUUCAUGACAGGGAUCACCAAAUUAACUAUGUGUGUGGUGGUGAUAUUGUUUGAAUUGACGGGUGCGGUGACAUAUGUUUUACCUAUCAUGAUGGGAGUAAUGGUUUCUAAAUUUGUUAAUGAUUAUCUUAGUAACGAGAACAUCUAUGACACAUGGUUGAAAAACAACUUCAACAGAGAAAACCACACCGAUUAUAAUAGUGAUAAAGGGAAUGGAUUGUGCAACUAUUCAACCUCCACAUCAACGGUAAAGAAUAAAUUACCUGAUAUUAAUGUUUCCCGGAUCAUGGUUCCAUUAUCUAGCACCAAGUGUUUACAGAUUGUACCCACACGACCUUAUACUAUAGGGCAAAUCCAUCAAUUCUUGAAUGACGACACUCAUGAAGGAUACCCUGUAAUAGCGAAUGAAUCACUUCCAAUUUGUUUGGGCUAUAUUCACAAGACCAAGAUCCUCACAGCUUUGAACUAUUUGAAUCACCCUAACGACACGAUGAUCAGUUUCCAGGUGUCGGAAGCACCUUCUGAGAUCUUAUCACAACAAAUCAGACUAGAACAGAGGUAUGGAGAAAUGAUCAAUAUCGAAUUGAAUCCAGAGAAAUCCUUCAUCAUCAUGAAUGACAAAACUUCUGUUCGAUUAUUGAUUGAUGUGUUUGAGAAGAUGUAUUUGAAUUAUCUAAUCAUCUAUAAGUCCAAUAGUAACCCACUGAUGGCUGGUUUCAUCGAUAGGUUUAUGAUAGCUCGAUUAAUUGAUGAAGGAUUUGAAUCGUUAAAAGAUGAGAUUUCCACCGAAUUCUCGGAAUUCGACAUAGACAAUGACAUUGAAAAUUCGUUGCUUGGGAGACAAAGGCAAAGUAUCGAACUUAUCAGUUGA